AUGCAUUCUUUUGGGUACAGAGCCAAUGCUUUGCUCACCUUCGCGGUCACAAUUCUCGCCCUCAUGUGCGCCAUGGCCUCCAUGUCUGACAAUUUCAACACCCCAUCUCCCACUUCUCAAGUCCAGGUGCUGAAUAUCAAUUGGUUUCAGAAGCAACCAAAUGGGAACGACGAGGUCAGCAUGACACUGAAUAUAUCAGCAGACUUGCAGUCAUUGUUUACAUGGAACACAAAGCAGGUUUUUGUUUUUCUAGCUGCUGAGUAUGAAACCCCGAAGAAUGCAUUGAAUCAGAUCUCUCUUUGGGAUGGUAUCAUACCUUCCCAAGAGCAUGCCAAGUUUUGGAUUCAUACUUCAAACAAAUACCGUUUUGUUGAUCAGGGAAGCAAUCUCCGAGGUAAAGAAUUCAACUUGACAUUGCACUGGCAUGUCAUGCCCAAGACGGGAAAAAUGUUUGCUGACAAGAUGGUCAUGUCUGGAUAUCGCUUGCCACAAGAAUAUAGAUGAGUGUGUCCUGUGUAUCUUGUUGUUUGUGUAGCUUUAGCCUCUUUAACAAGGGGAUAUAAAAAAGGUCAUUUAAAUUAUAGACUUAGAAACAGGGAAGAGUUACUUCUGAUAAGAAAACAAAAACAGAGAGGGAAUUUUUCUUGUAUUUUUGGAUUCACUGAACAUGUUAAUUAUGAGAGAUCUGGUCUUUAAGCUUGCUA